AUUUUUCUAAUAUUAAAUAUUAAAUUAUUCUCCAGUUGGCGCCGAGACGGCUGAGACUGAACUCCGUAUUGUUGCUUCACUUACUCCAUAUAUAUGUAUAUAAAUAUAAGUAUAUAUUAUUUCUGCAAAUAAGUAAAGUAUGAGGUGGUAAAGUGAUUUUGUUUAUUUACCGAGUGGCAAAAAUAACGGGACAAUGGGUGAGAAAGAAGAAGAAAUGAAGUUGGUUGAAGAAAAUACAGAGGAACAGGUCAGCUGGCCUUAUAUGACAAUAAAAUCAUUCGCGGCGAGUCUGUUUAUCAAAGCAGCUGCUGUCGGUGCUAUUUGGGGAUGGGGGUACAUGAACUGGAGCAUCGGGUGGCUGCUUCCUCCAGUUAUUUUUUCGGUAUGGAAAGUCGAAAAUAGCAAAAGUUCUCAGCUUAAGAGAUUGACAGCGCAAGCUGCUGUCAUGGCCAAAGAAAAAGAUGUUAUCGUUAGCAGACUUGAUGAAUUACCAUCUUGGGUUUACUUUCCUGACUUUGAUAGAGCGGAAUGGCUCAAUAGAAUCUUAUUUAAAGUUUGGCCGGGUAUGAAUCACUUUGUACGCGAUCUAGUUAAAGAAAAAAUCCAACCGGCUGUUAUUCAAUCCUUAUCAGAAUAUAAAAUGACGGGAUUUCAAUUCGGGCGAUUAGUUCUUGGGAGAAUUCCUCCUAAAGUAUAUGGAAUCAAAGUUUACGAAAAAAACACAUCGAGAAAUGAGAUAAUAAUGGACUGUGAUAUAUUGUAUGCUGGAGAUUGUGAUAUAUCUUUUGCAUUAAGUAACAUCAAAGGAGGAAUAAGAGACUUUCAAUUACGUGGAAUGUUGCGGGUUGUUUUGAAGCCAAUGCUUAAUACUAUGCCAUUAGUCGGCGGAGUCCAGUUAUUUUUUUUGAACAAUCCAACGAUAGACUUUAAUUUAGUCGGGGCCGUCGACGUCCUCGAUUUUCCCGGAUUAAACCAAGCGCUGAGAAAAGUCAUACGGGAACAGAUAGCAGCGUUUGUAGUGUUGCCAAAUAAAAUAGUCGUGCCAUUGAGUGACAGUAUUCCUGCUGAAGUUCUCAAGAUGCCAGAACCAGAAGGAGUGCUGAGAAUUCACGUAGUUCAGGCCAAACACUUGAUGAAAAAAGACAUUGGAGUACUGGGUAAAGGAAAAUCCGAUCCCUACGCUGUUAUCACAGUCGGCGCUCAGGAAUUCAGGACAAAGACAAUCGAUAAUACUGUAGAUCCUAAGUGGGAUUACUGGUGCGAGACUAUCAUCAAUACACGAAGUUUAGGACUAGAAGUUGCUAUAUCUCUCUGGGAUUGGGAUCCAAACAUACCUGGGGUCGAAACUGACGAUUUACUUGGAAGAGCCAGCAUCGAAGUCAGCCGCGUUAAGAAGAGGGGGACGAUCGAUAAUUGGUUUACGCUAGAGUUCGCCAAACAUGGAAUGGUACAUCUCCGAUUAACUUGGCUGAGUCUUUCGAAAAGUGUUGCCGAUUUACAAGCUGCUUUGAUGGAGACUCAGCAGUUACGCGUGACGUCAAUGAGUACGGCAGUUUUGACAUUAUUCAUCGAUUCAGCUAAAAAUUUACCCUGUCUCCGGGGUAGUAAGCAACCGGAUGUUUAUUUAGAAGCGAGUAUUGGAAAUAAAACUGAAAGAACUGGCACGAUGUUGCGUUCCUGUGAUCCUAUAUGGGAGCAGGGAUUCACAUUUUUAGUAGGAAAUCCCGAGACAAGCAGCUUAAAUAUUAGAAUUUUAGAUGAAAAGACUGGAUCAGUUGUUGGAACUCUGGCUUACAGUCUUUCAAUUUUGAUAACGAAACCAAAUCUCGAAGACAUGCAGCAGCCUUAUGAUCUCCAGAACUCUGAGCCUGAAAGUAAAUUAAUAAUGUCUAUGACUUUACAUAUUUUAAAGUAUGAAGUGCCGGAGAUAAAUAUGGACGAUGAAGAGGAUGAUGAGGAUUUUAGUCGGUUGAAGCAAAAAGUCGAACGCCAAGAAUCAAACAUCAGCUUUUCUCAAAGUAGUAGCGUACCGUCGACUCCGUUGAAGAAGCAGGCCUCCAAAGAAUCUAUUCACAGUGCAGCAAAUAGCACCGUCUCUAGUUCUGCGACAGUUCCACCGGUAGCUGAAGUAGAAAAAGAGAUGGAACGUGAAAUGGUGAUUCCAUCCGAGGCUUCGAAUAAUGAUUCAUUCCAUCCAGAACUAAUUCAUCGUCAUCCUAGUGUGACGUCGUCUGCUGGAGAUUGGAAACUCGGUAGAAUUCAGCUGACACUCCGUUACAGUGUCCCCAGACAAAAAUUGAUUGUUGUAGUUCACAAAGUUGCCAAUUUACCUCUACCUCUAAAUGACCCACACAAUAUUCCUGACCCAUAUGUCAAGCUUUAUUUACUACCGGACCGACAUAAGGAAACGAAACGCAAGACCGCUGUUAUAAAGGACAACUGUAACCCAGUUUACGACGAGCAAUUUGAAUAUGUCGUAUCACAAGGUGAUUUAAAUGAACGAAUUCUUGAAAUUUCCGUGUGUACACAAAAAGCCUGGCUCUCUUCGAGCAACAAUAUUAUGGGUCAAGUUCGCAUGAAUUUAUCGGAAAUCGAUAUCACUCAAGCAUUUACGAACUGGUACGAUUUAAUGCCGGAAGUCAAAAAAGAUUAAUUUACUUAUAAGUUUACAGCUUUAUUAUUUCAUAACGAGCACGAGUUGCAAUCGAUGCUGGCAUACUAACAUAAAUUUAUUAAUAUAUUAAUAUUAUGCUAAUUUUUAAUACUUUGUUUGAUUAUUCAAAAAUUUAUUGUUCUGUUAAAAAGUAACAAAGUGUUGAUACGAAGCAGGCCUUUACUCGAAAUUAUCUAUGCGGAAAACAUGUUAAACUAAAAAUAUUUAUAUGAAAAUAUAUAUAAAACUUUACAAUAAUUUUUAUUUU